AUGAAGUGGUCGGCGCUAGUUAUUUUAACGUUGUUGUGGGUUCAAGGAGUCGUGGGGUUCUGCCCCUCGUUAUGUACCUGUAAAGGUAACAAAGCAGCUGAAGGGGCGUUAGCGGAGCCCCAGCCGGACGAGCUACUGAAGCUUAAGUGUGGUGGAAGUCCAGCACAAAUCACUGAGCUUAAAGAGAUAGAUUUGAGUAAAUUAUGGACAAUAGUAGUAAGCUUGAAUCUAUCUGGCAAUGCGAUAUCAACUUUAUCAAGGGAGUUAUAUCUGCCAAAUUUACAGAAACUUGAUCUAAGUAGAAACCAAAUAAGCUUGAUAGAAUCGGAUGCAUUCUACAAUAUGACAGCAAUCCAGCGGCUGGAUCUCUCAUACAACCAGAUCAGCAAUGUUUACAAAGAGAUGUUCAAGGGAUUGACUAAUCUGGAGCGCCUUAUACUGUCACAGAAUCAUAUAUCUGCUAUGGCGGCUGGCACCUUCGACUAUCUAAUUGGACUGAAGCAAUUGGACAUAACUGAUAACCCAUUAAUAUGCGAUUGCGAUCUCCUUUGGGUGGGAGACUGGUCGCGAAACACUAGCGUAAAGUUAGUGGGCAACCCUAAAUGCGCCUUCCCAGAGAAUAUGGUGAACAAACUAGUGAGAAAACUAAAAAUAUUGCUAGACCGGUCUGCCUGUGGCAACGCCGUGUCCGGCAACAAUUUGAUAGUGAAACCGUCAAACGAUCAAGUGGUUUUUGUUGGAGAUACACUAACAUUAUCCUGUAAUGCCCCCUUUGCAUCUGGACUAGCUAAAUACGAGCUGCAUUGGGUCCACCCCAUGCUAGAAAUCUGUGACGUAAACGUGACUAACACAGAUAUGCAAGAAGAAGGGUUGGCGGAGACUACAGUAUACUUUCCGAAUAUAACAAACCAUCAUAUGGGGAACUGGACGUGUGUGUAUCAUGACCAGAAUCAUAUCAAACAUAAUCAUACAGUGCAAGUGUUGGUGCUAUCAAACUCUACACAAUAUUGUCCAACGAACUACACAAUUGACAAUAAAGGAUUGUAUUCGUGGCCUCAGUUGCUUUUGAAUCGGACUGCUGCGGUGCCAUGUCGUAGUGGGGAGGGCAUGGCUUAUAGAUCCUGCUUCUCUAACGCUACCUGGGGCCACGCUAAUACAAGUGAAUGUUCCUACAUAAGCAAUGUGACGAAGCUCCUGCAACAGUUUGCUCUCUUGAACGUGAGUUUAGUGCAAUACUCCGCUGUCAAUGCUACGGAGAGACUGGCUAUGUUGAUCCAAGAGAAGACAUAUCCAUUGGCUGAGAUUAUUGAUCCGGACGAUGUGUAUUUUAUUGGGAAAGCUAUAAGGAAUUAUAUGCAGUACAUUGCUGAAGAGAAAGAUCUUGGCCCAACACUCCUGGACGUGAUAAGUUCGACGAUGAACAUCAGUAUGUCAGUCCUAACUCGCGCGGAGACCUUGUACGGAGUCUGCACCGACAUCCGCCGCGCCGCCGAGGAGAUCUCCAAGCAUAUCGUCAAUAUGCAGGGGCAGAAGUCGAACCUAGCAGUGGAGCAGUUCCGCGUGAGCGAAGGGUUCGGCGGCGCGACGUGCGUGUGGUACAGCGCGGCGCGCGGCGCGGCGCCCCGCCUGCACUGCACCACCACCAACCGGACCGUGGCGCCGCUACUCACUGUCACCGACGCGCUCAUACACGCCAGUGUACAGAUUCCUCAAUCCCUUCUCUACAGCACGACUGACGCAGGAGUAUUACUCCAGAGCCACCCUCAAGACCUGGUGAUAUCUAUGUAUGAGGACGCGGCACUCUUCCCUCUGUUACCCCUCACUGACACAGACUCCGACGCUCGCCUUACCCAGCAUCGAACCAAGGACUACUACGGCAGAAGCACUAAGAGGGAGGAUAUGAAUAUUGAGAUCACCUCGCCUGUUGUUGGAUUUCAGUUGAUGAACACGAAGGUGCGCGGUGAGCUGAUAGAGCCGAUCAUAGCGACAGUACGCGCGCGCUCUGUCGGCGGGGUCGACGGACGCGCCGCUGUAUGGGACCCCGUAACCAGGCGGUGGCAGGAUAAUUCUUCAGACUGCAAGAUAUCGCACGUAGUGUCGGAGAUGAUAAUAAUAAGCUGCACGCGGCUGGCGUACGUGGGCCUGCUGCAGAACGUGGAGACGGGCAUCUACGGCGCGCGCACGGACGGCGCGCGCUUCAAGGUGUCGCACCCCGCCGUGUACGUGGGCAGCCUGCUGCUGGGCGCCAGCCUGGCCGCCGCCGCGCUGGCCUACGGGCUCGCCUGGCGCCGCCUCGCCAUGCCGGCCCGCGCGCGACACGCGCUCGUCAACUGCUGGGCCGCCAUGGCGCUGCUCUGCUUCAUGUACACGCUCGGCAUCUACCAGACGGAGGACGUCAAGCUCUGCCAGGUCCUCGGCCUGCUCAUCCACUACCUCUCCCUCUGCGUGCUCCUCUGGAUGUGCGUCCAAGCCAGUAACAUGUACAAGUGGGUCACUAAGACUCAUAACCCAGUGCGGACUCCUGAAGAUGAUAUACCUCCCGAUGUGCCUGUACAGAAACCUAUACUAGGUUUGUACCUCGUGGGUUGGGGGAUAGCUCUGAUUAUUUGCGGAAUAUCUGGUGCAGUGAACUUAAAAGAUUAUGCGGGUUAUUCUCAGUGUUUCCUCAGUACAGCACCAGCUUAAGUGCGUUGUUCGUCCCAGGAGGGAUCCUCUUAGUGUUUCUACUGACUUUGUUCUUGUUGAUCCGAUGUACGAUAAGAAACAAUAACGUGCAGCUAUCUGAAGGGACGCAAGCUACCGAGAAUGUGGAUUUGGAAAUGUGGGAGCCUCAGAGUAACGAGAGAGCCGAGCGUAGGAGUGUGAAGUCUGCGUUAGACUCGGAGGUGGAGGACAUGGAGCACAGCCCGAUGACGCAGCUGCGCGCGCAGGUGAUCGUGGCGAGUCUGUACGUGGCCGUGUGGGCGGCCGGCGCCGUGGCCGUGUACCGGCCCCUGCCCGCCUACCUGCCCUACCAGGAGGACAUCUGCAGCAUCAUGUACGCAGUCUGCGCCACCGUACUAGGCACCUUCAUCCUCUUCUUCUACGGCAUAGCCAGAAGCGACGUCAGAGCUCAAUGGUCCAUGAUGCAAUGCUAUCUACAGAAGAGCAAACAGUGCUGUCGGAACAGAAGUGUAUUUGACGCUAACCAACAAAAUCUACCUCCGAAUCAAACUGCCACGCCUCCCAUAUUACCUAUACCCAAUGACAAUCGGUCCCGGUCAGGCAGUAGGAGUUCUAACCGAACUAAUUCUAAAACUAACAACAGUGGGACUUACAAGGCAGCUGCAGAGCUAAACGGACAGACUCUACAAAAAGAUACAUUGAAAAACACCAAUGGGAAAGCUCCAAAUAUCAAUUGGUAG